GCAGAUGAAUUUCUUAACUGUUGGUGAUGCACUACUAUUUAACCACGUACCAGUACCAGUAAGCAUUGGGCAUUAGCAGCAUUUCUUACACUAGCUUGUUGCCGACCUGCUCCCGGGACACGCACGAACACUGCUCUUCAGUCUUCACCAUGGAGUGCACCUCAAGCCGCCGCCGCCGUAGCCGGCUCUCGCGCUGCCUCCUCCUGGUGUGCGCAGUGGCAUCCCUGCUGUGCCACUCCCCCGGCCCGGCGGCGGCGGCGGCCGCGCCCCGCCGGCUGCUGCAGACGUGCCCGGGGCAGGACUUCGACGUGCCCCACGCGCACCUGCGCGCGCGGGACAACGUGAAGCCGCUCAAGUACACGGAGGAGCUCUCCGCGCGGGCCGCGCAGUGGGCGCAGCAGUACAGGAGCGACUGCGAGGCCGCCGCGCCCGCGCCGGGAAUCAACGUGUUCCUCGGCGCCGCGGGCGCCACCUGGCUGCCCAGCGACGCCGUCGCCGCGUGGGCCGAGGAGGAGCAGCACUACGACUACGGCUCCAACUCCUGCUCCACCGGCAAGGCGUGCGGCCGCUACACGCAGAUGGUGUGGCGGGGCAGCAAGGAGUUCGGCUGCGCCGUCGUCGACUGCGACUCCGGGAAGACGCUCAUGGCGUGCCUCUACGAGCCGCAGGGCAACGUCGCGGGACAGAGGCCCUUCUGAUGAUCGCCGCCUACCAUGCAAACCAUCAGUAGUAGCGCGUGUCCAUGGCGGCAGUAUACCACCGGCCGUUCCUAGCUAAUCUUGGUGUUUUCUUCGCCUUGGUCUUGCAUUUCUUUUCUCAUACUACGUUCCUACAGUAGCUCAUUGGUUGUUGGGAGGUCGUCAGUUACUAGAUAUACAUGCAUGAUAUACAUACUGUAUGUCUGUAUGCCAUGAGAGCGACGAGCAUAUAGGUUUGUCCUCGUUUGUUUUGUUCAUGGCACCACCUUAUCAGAAAUUCAGAAUCAAAUUUGUCUCCUCUUA